AUGCCUGUUUGUCGGUCCUGUAGGGGGACAGAGUUUGAGAGAGACCUUUCGAACGCGAAUAAUGACCUUGUGUGUAAGAACUGUGGUGUUGUCUCGGAGGAUAAUCCGAUCGUGUCGGAAGUGACGUUUGGCGAAACGAGUGCCGGUGCUGCGGUCGUCCAGGGGUCUUUCAUCGGUGCCGGUCAAAGUCAUGCGUCUUUUGGGUCGCAUGGUGGCUCGAGUGCGCUGGAGUCCCGCGAAGCUACGCUGAACAAUGCUCGAAGGAAGCUUCGUGCUGUCUCCCAUGCGUUGAACAUUCCGGAGUAUAUCAUGGAGGCCGCAUACCAGUGGUACAAGCUUGCCCUGGCGAACAAUUUUGUCCAGGGACGACGUUCUCAGAAUGUGAUCGCAUCUUGCCUGUACGUGGCAUGCCGUAAAGAAAAGACCCAUCACAUGUUGAUCGACUUCUCCUCCAGAUUGCAAGUUGGUGUUUAUUCUAUUGGUGCUACAUUCCUGAAAAUGGUGAAGGCGCUGCAUAUCACUAAACUGCCUCUAGCGGAUCCUUCACUGUUUAUUCAGCACUUUGCCGAGAAACUAGACCUUGGAGAUAAGAAAAUCAAGGUUGUGAAGGAUGCAGUCAAGCUUGCCCAGAGGAUGUCGCGCGACUGGAUGUACGAAGGUCGUAGACCAGCAGGGAUUGCCGGAGCCUGUAUUUUAUUGGCUUGCAGGAUGAACAACUUGAGAAGAACACAUUCGGAGAUCGUGGCCGUGUCCCAUGUGGCUGAAGAGACGCUCCAACAACGUUUGAACGAGUUCAAGAACACUAAAGCUGGGAAGCUUUCCAUCAAAGAAUUCAGGAAUGAUGAGUCAACGGAGCCUGGAGCUCAUCCCCCCUCGUUUGCAAAAAAUAGGAUCAAAGAGACAAAGUUGAAGAGGAAGCUGGACCGGAUGGAGAUGAAUGAGACAAGCGAAGAAGCUCUAAACCGAAAUCCCAUCUUAACGCAGAUUCUUGGUGAGCAAGAACUCUCCUCGCGUGAAAUCUUGUAUUACCUAAAGCAGUUUUCGCAAAGACGAGAGCAGGAAAUCAAGAAUAUGAAAGCGACACAUGGGAUCGAUGAUUUACACGUUUACCGGACUGAAUCACAGGACGACGAGCCUGCCGAUGAUCAGAAAGACACUAACGGGGAUGGCAAAUUUCAAGAUAGCAUAGACGGCUACACCCUGGAAACAGAUCCGUAUAGACCACGUAACUUGCAUCUGCUUCCCACCACCAAAUCACUGCUGUCAAAGGUGCCGGACGAUCCAGACAACUUGGAAGAUGUGGACGACGAGGAGCUGGAUGCACAACUCCUGGACGACGAGGCGUCGAAGUUGAAGGAAAGGAUAUGGAUUGGGAUAAACGGUGAGUAUCUGCUCGAGCAGGAAAGCAAGCGUUUAAAGCAGGAAGCGGAUGUGGCCGCUGGAAACACCUCUGGUAAGAGAAGACGCACCAAAAGACGCAAGAAAACGUCUGCGGAGAUCGAUGCUGCCGCAGCGGCUGGCAUGAUGUCAGACUUAAAGGACGAAUCCGGUUUGAAAGCUGCCUUGAAAGCUGCCGAGGAGAGCGGUGAUUUCACUGCAGCGGACAGCGUCAAAAACAUGCUACAAAAAGCUAGUUUCUCGAAGAAAAUCAACUACGACGCUGUCGAUGGUCUGUUCAAGUAA